GAAGAGAAGCUUCUAUGAGGGCCUCGCUGUCAGCCAGCUUCAGUUUCCCUAUUGGCACCAUGACAUCAUCUACCCUGGAAAUUCCACUUGCCCUCCUGUGCCCCCACCUCUGUCCCAGUCCUCAGAGGUCCUAUAAAGAGGGGAUCCCAACUCAGUAUGAGUACAGAGCGCAGUAGGGUUCUGAAGCUUCUGGGUUCUGUCUCAGCUCCGGAAAAGCCUCUUCUCCAUCAAGACCAUGAAGCUCUGCGUGACUGUCCUCUCUCUCCUUGUGCUAGGGGCUGUCUUCUGCUCUCCAGCGCUCUCGGCACCAGUGGGCUCAGACCCUCCCACUGCCUGCUGCUUCUCCUACACCCAGCGGAAAAUUCCUCGUAACUAUGUGGUGGAUUACUACGAGACCAGCAGCCUUUGCUCCCAGCCAGCCGUGGUAUUCGAAACCAGAAGGAACAAACACAUCUGCGCCAACCCCAGUGAGUCCUGGGUCCAGGACUACAUGAACGACCUUGAGCUGAGCUGAGCCGUCCCAGGCGCAGGGCCAGGUCUCUGGAGAAGGCACCUGAGCCUGAUGCCUCUCCGUGAGACGCGCCCUCUCCACGUUCGCCACUCCUUUCAGAAGUCUCCGUGCCUUCUCUUAAUUUAAUCUUUAUUAUGUGCUGUAUUAUUGUAUUUGUUAUUACUUCUGUAAUUAUGUUGGUUUUGCCAAAGGACACUUAUCCCCUGUGGGGAUGGCCCACUACCACUGUUUCUCUGCUAUUGUGGGUAUCAGAUAAUGCAGAUGAUUCUGUGUGUUUUCAUAAUAAAACUAGAAAAAGUAA